CUGGCUGACUAAAUAAACAUGGGGAACUGGAAUUUCCUUGGAGGCAUCCUGGAGGAAGUUCACAUCCACUCCACCAUCAUUGGAAAGAUCUGGCUCACUAUCCUGUUCAUAUUUCGAAUGCUUGUUCUGGGUGUAGCAGCUGAGGAUGUCUGGAAUGAUGAGCAGUCCGGUUUCAUCUGUAAUACAGAACAACCCGGCUGCAGAAAUGUGUGCUAUGACCAGGCCUUUCCCAUCUCCCUCGUUAGAUACUGGGUUUUGCAGGUGAUAUUUGUGUCUUCACCAUCCCUGGUCUAUAUGGGCCAUGCUUUGUACUGACUGAGGGUUCUGGAGAAAGAGAGGCAGAGGAGGAAAGCUCAACUGAGAGGGGCCCUGGAGGGCGUGGAGUUUGAAAUGCCUGGGGACCGGAGGAGACUGGAGCAAGAACUUUGUCAGCUGGAACAAAGGAAACUAAAUAAAGCUCCACUCAGAGGAACCCUGCUUUGCACUUACGUGGUACACAUUUUCACUUGCUCCGUGGUUGAGGUUGGGUUCAUGAUUGGACAGUAUCUUUUAUAUGGAUUUCAUUUAGAGCCUUUAGUUAAAUGCUAUGGCCACCCAUGUCCAAAUAUAAUUGUUUUUGUCUCAAGACCAACAGAAAAGACAAUAUUCCUAUUAUUUAUGCAAUCUAUAGCCACUGUUUCUCUUUUCUUAAAUGUUCUAGAAAUUUUCCACCUAGGUUAAAAGAUUAAAAAAGGGCUUUGGGGACAAUAUAAAUGGAAGGAUGAGCAUAAUGAAUUCUUUGCGAACAAGUCAAAAAAUCAUGCCAAAUAUCAGAGCACCUCUGCAAAUUCACUGAAGAGACUCUCUUCUGCACCUGAUUAUAUGUUAAUGGAAAAGCAAAAACACACAGCAGUCCACCCAGGCGCCCCAGUGUGCCCUAUUUUAAAUUCACCUGCAUCUCAGGCAGAUCCUGACAAUCACAGUGGAAAUGAUGAGAAAUGCAUUUUGGAUGAACAAGAAACUGUACUUUCCGAUGAGAUGUGCACACUUAGCGCUACCUGUAGUCAUCUUCAACACAUCAGCUCAUGUAAUAAUGAAGACACUCAUAAAAUAUUUAGAAAAGAAGUGGGUAACCCAUUAAGGGAAAAAAGAGAAAUUGAUGGCAAAGACAGCAAAAGGAACCACUGCUCUAGAUGUCACUGUUCUAUUCCAGGUGUUGCUAUAGAUCUGGACAACCACAUGGGGUAGUCAUCCCAAACAGCUUUCCCUCCGCCUGGUAACUGUGCCUGGGAACAGUCGUGGCUUAGGUCUACAUGUGGUCCCUCUAUGGAAGAUGAAAAUCAGGUGUCACCUCCUAAAGGAAACCUCAAGGGUCAGUUCAGAGAGGGCACAUUUAGCAUCCUGCCUCCUUCACUGGGAGACUGCCAACCGCCUGACAUUCCAGACACUCCUGAUUCUUUGGGACAGUUGUCCUUUGAAUCUGAUUUGGCCAGAAGCUGCAAUAAUCCUACUGCUUGUCCUCCAAAUCAUUUGGUGUUGCUGACAAAUAACCUCACUGGUAGGCGGGCUCCCACAGACCUUCAGAUCUGA